CGACACAAGAAAGAAGCAGUGGUAAUGUUCUGUUGAAAUUUGGCGUUUCCCCUUUUAGCUUCCUCCUUCCCCAUAACAAUGACCCGCUUUUUAAUGGCGAUCAAUUCCUUCUGUAUUUCUGUCUCUCAUCACAUGUUCUCUCUCUGAAUCAUCACGUGACUCUCUCUCUCUCUCUUCUUCUUCUUCUCCUUUUCCUUCUCCUUCCUCCUGGAUUGACUACUGAACCCUUUCUGUAAAGUCACACUCUCCCAAGUCCACCCCUUUUCAUGUUUUUUCUUCCCUCUUUCCUUUAACUCCUUUUCCAAAUACUUCCUUUUCUUUUUGACUUCGCCCCCAUUUUCCUCAUCUUCUUCACAAUCUACUUUCUACUGCAUUUUCACUUCACCCCAAUUUAUUAACACACUGAAUCUUCUUCUAUCUCUCUAUGUAAGCUUUCAAUCAUGGGCUGUUUUCAGUCCAAAACCAUUCAUCUUCCUUCACCUGAUGAUGACCCUCCCCCACCUCAGCCCAAACCAGAUCCAGCUAAUGGUGAAGAACUUGAAGAAGGGCAAGUUCCUGCAUUCAAGGAGUUUGAACUAGUGGAGCUUCGAGCUGCCACUAAUGGUUUUAGCUCUGAGUUGAUUGUUUCUGAGAGUGGAGAGAAAGCUCCUAAUGUUGUUUAUAGAGGGAAGCUUCGAAAUAAUCGAUUGGUUGCCAUUAAACGCUUCUCCAAGCAGUCAUGGCCUGAUCCUCAACAAUUUGUGACUGAAGCUUCUGGAGUUGGUAAACUGAGAUUUAAAAGAUUGGUUAAUUUAAUUGGAUGCUGUGCAGAGGGGGAUGAGAGGCUGUUGGUGGCAGAGUAUAUGCCUAAUGACACUCUCUCAAAGCAUCUGUUUCAUUGGGAGAAACAACCAUUUCCUUGGGAAAUGCGUGUUCGAGUUGCAUAUUACAUAGCGCAAGCCCUUGAUCAUUGCAGCACAGAAAACCGAAAAAUAUAUCAUGAUCUAAAUGCAUACAGAGUUCUCUUUGACGAGGAUGGGGAUCCUCGGUUAUCAAGUUUUGGCCUGAUGAAGAACAGUCAGGAUGGAAAAAGCUACAGUACCAAUUUAGCUUACACUCCACCAGAGUUUUUACGAACAGGCAGGGUCAUACCAGAGAGUGUGAUCUACAGUUAUGGAACCAUUUUGCUGGACCUCUUAAGUGGGAAGCACAUUCCUCCGAGCCAUGCAUUAGAUUUACUAAGAGGGAAGAACUUGUUGCUGUUAAUGGAUUCAUCGUUGGAAGGACAAUAUGGAGAUGAUGAUGCUACUCGAUUGAUCGAUCUUGCUUCCAAAUGUCUACAAUACGAAGCCAGAGAUCGACCCGAUAUAAAAUUCGUUCUUUCAGCUGUGGCUCGUCUGCAAAAGCAGGAGGUUGCAUCACAUGUACUAAUGGGUCUGACAAAAACACCAGUGGUGUUGCCAACUAUGCUUUCGGCACUCGGAAAAGCUUGUGUACGGAUGGAUCUUACUGCUGUACACGACAUAUUACUUAAAGUUGGUUACAAGGAUGAGGAAGGCGCAGAGAGUGAACUUUCAUUCCAAGAGUGGACUCAGCAAGUGCAAGACAUGUUGAACACAAAAAAGUUCGGGGAUAUUGCAUUCAGAGACAAGGAUUAUAAAAACGCCAUAGAGUACUACUCAAAGCUUGUAUCAAUGAUGUCAGUUCCUUCUGGGACUGUUUUCGUGAGGCGGGCGCUCUCCUACUUGAUGGUUGGUCAACCAGAACUUGCAUUGAGAGACGCCAUGCAAGCGCAGGUAUGCUUGCCCGAGUGGCCGACUGCCUUCUACAUGCAGGCCCUUGCGCUCUCAAAACUAGGAAUGGAAUCAGAUGCACAGGACAUGCUCAACGAUGGAGCCUCCUUCGAAGCGAAGAAGCAAAAUAUCUGGCGCAGUUAAACGGGAAGAGAUCCAUAGAAUCGACCUUUCGGCCAUGGGGGACUGUCUAUGCAAAUCAGAGCUUCUCUUCAACUUUUUAACAAAGGAGGAGACGGAGACAGAGCCAGAGAGGGAAUAAACAGGCAGAGCCAUAAAGGGACAAAAUGAUUUAAAACAAAAGUGUAAGGAUUAUUUAUAUAUAUAUAUAUAUAUCGAUAUAUAUAAAAUUAGUUUAGGGGGUUUCUAUAUAAAAUUGAUGGUUUGCAGGGAUCUUUUUGCAAUUUAUCAUUAUUUUAUACCGUUUAUCUAGUUUCAACUCUCAUUCUGUUGACGAAAUAAGGAAGUCAGGUAUUUUUAUGCUUAAA